CCUCCUCCUCCAACACCACCCUCGACUCGCCAGGACACCAUGUUUGCCGGUCAGCAACAGGGACCCUCGCCCGCCCAGCUCGCGCUCGCCAAGCUCCAGGCUCGCCAGACGCUCAAGAGCUUCCUCGUCACGAUCGGCGUCCUCCGUGCGGCCGCCACGCUGUCGCCUUGGACCGGCGUCGGCUCGCCCGGCUCGAGCGACUUUGAGACGAUUUCCGACGCCGAGGUCCCGCCGCCGUCCAACGCGCCUCACGUCCCGGCGCAGCAGUCGAACCUCGCGCGCUCCCUCUCGCGCCGCCACCCUCGCGCGAGCAGCACGGUCGACCUCGACGGCUCCAUCGACGCGGCGGCGGCGGCGGCGGCGGCGAGCGCCGGGCGGGCCGCGUCCUCGAUCGAGCGCAGCGACGACGACCACCUGCGCGCGAUCGAGGGCGACGACGAGGACAGCAGCGCGCUCGAGGACGUUGACCGAGACGAGGGCGGGCGCGGGCGCGCGAGGACCCGGCGCAUGCCGCGCGACCCGGAGCUGCAGCGCUCGAUGCUCGAGGACGCGCUGCGGAGCAGCCUCGCGACGCUCUUGUCGCUCGCGCCCGCCCAGGCCACCAUGUCGCAGUCGCCUGCCUUGUCGCACGUCUCGCUCGCGUCCCUGUUCCAGCCCAUCGGCGCCGCCGCGUCGUCGUCGUCGUCCGCGACGGCCUCGCGCACCUCGCUCGACACGCGCGCGCCGCACAACGCCAAGCGCCCGUCGCCCUUCUCGACCUCGCUCUUCGACCCACUGGGCGAGGAGGACAACGACGACGACGACGAGCAAGGUCUCGGCGACAACGUCCUCGUCUCGUCGUCGUCGCCCCAGUCGUCCUCGUCCGACGAGGGCGAGGGCACGCAGCUCGCGCCCACCGUCGCCUACCGCUCGCGCGCCAUCCCGAUCGUCUCGACCCCGGCGCGCGUCAGCGAGCCCUCGACGUCAGCGGCGGCGGCGAGCUUCUCGCCCCUCGUCGCCUCGCGUCCGCUCGGCGCCGCCCCGGGCCAGCCGAGCUCCAACUCGCCCCCGUACUACAGCCGGAGCCGGCGCGGCGCGGCACCUGUCCGGCGGCGAGGCCGGGGCCGAGGAGGGAGCGCGAGCCCGGGACCGGCGAGCGUCGAGGAGAGGCGGCGUGCGAGGGAGAGGGCGGUUGAGGAGGGAGUCGGCCCGGCGGUCACGAGCGACGGCGGCGGGCAGAGAGACGAGGCCUUCCAGGACAUGGUCGACGCCGCCCGCUUCUUCUCCGACCUCUCGCCUCGCGCCUCGCUCCGCGCGCCCUACUCGUCCCUCCCCUCCUCCUACGAGACCGCCCGACCUCGUCACCCUCCGACCACGACAGCCACCUCUUCCUGGGCGCCCGACACGGCCUCGUCCGCGACAUCGACCCCGCCGUACUACUCGGGCGACGAGGACCCGGCGCUCGCGAGCGAGUCGCCGCCGCGCCUCGACCUCAGCAGCAGCGGCGCCGAGGGCGACGGCGAGCGCGCGAUGCUCCCUCACGCGUCGCAGGGAGAGAAGGCGCCCGACCGCGCGGCCAAGGGCGUCGGGCCGGCGAGGGACGAGGCGGACGAGGCGGCGCCGAAGAAGCAGGGCUGGUUCGGCUGGUGGAGGGCAUUCGGCACGACGGUCGAGCUCAAGGUGUGGCACCUCGUCGGCAUCUGUGGUGUUUUGAUCGGCGUGGGCCUCGGCGCGAGCUCCCUCAUCCACACCCUCGCCCCGAGCUCGUGGCUCGCCUCACGCCUCGACUUUGCCCACCGCGUCUACGCCUCGCCCUUCCUCGCGCCGUCGGCGCCGCCGGCCGCGCUCGUCUCGGCUGCCCAGUCGGAGCGCUCGAGCCCGUCGUCGUCGUCGGCCAUGUCGAGCCUCUUCCUUUGAGCGCGAUCGUCUCUGUGACUGCCCUCGUCUGUAUAGUCCCCCUCUCCCUUCGUCUCGCCUCACCUCCCUCGGGCCGUCUACUCUGUAAGAUCGUCCUCCUUCGUCUGCCUCCCUCUCCUCUUUGUCUCUGUACCUCAGUCGACUCGUUAGUCCCUCGAGCUUGUCCUUUGUAGACCCCUCUCGCUUUUUCGCAACACGGCCACGUCUCGUUUCCCUCGG